AUGUCUGCUGCAGACCCCCCGCACCUCUCUUAUCUCCCAAAGUCGUUCUCGGCGGUCGUGGCCAAGUCCUGCGAGGUGCGCAAGUCGUUGCCCCAAGCUUGGCUACUCGACUUCCCAAAUCCUUGCCACAUCCCCGGUUCUAUGGUCAAUUUGGACAGAGCCGUUGCUUCCCGUGCGAUUGACAUGUCAAUUGCUGAGGUCUUAACGGCAGGCCGCCUCACCACCAAGCAGAUACGGCUGCGGUUUAUGGAGCAGGCCAGUUCCGCUCCUGACCAUCUGGAGAUCAUAACCUACCUCUACAUCGGCUAUAAGUGCCAAAUCUUCUUCCACGACCUUGCAUCACUCGGUGCGGUUCGGAGCCGUGUCGCCCAGCUACUCCCCUUCACGCGCUAUCGAGCCCUCGAAGGGCAAGACAACGAGAUUGAGAGGCAGGGUAAAACCGUGAAGGACCUGCAUGAAACAGCUGAAAAAGUUGAUGACAAGACACACACUAAGACGAUCUGCUUCUCCCUCUCGCCCGCGGCCGCCCUGCUCGACAUCUCCUCUGCCGAUCUCAAGGCUCUUGCCGGCAUCGCGCGAUCUCAAGGAACCGCUUGGCUGCAGAGGGGAGUCAUUGGCCAUCUUGGCGUGUUCGACCGCUUGCGUGCUAAGACGCUGCCGCCACAUGUCGGCAAGCCCCUUCCACCGCCAUUCUCCUCAGUCGCAGAAAUGCCAGUCGAUGCGCUUCAGCCUCUACUGCCUUCCCGAUUUGGCAUGCAUCACCCCCCCGCCACAACGGUUCGCUUUGGUGUUCCAGCGCCUGCAGCCGCAGCAAGUCAUGGUCGGGGUCCCGACGCCUCACAAGAUUGUCGACCAUAUGAUCAAGGCCCAGAGGUUCUUAUAUUGCGGCCGUCCACCGCCAAAGGCAUGGGUACGGCAGCCAUUCGUGUCGCGAUCCCGCCACUCCCCCGACCUCCAUCGCCAUUCUCAUUGGCACCCCCUACACAACCCGUCACAGCAGCAAACUCUCGGAAACGUGCAGGCUCCCCUGCCCCUCCGUCGGCGCACAACCGCUCGAAGAGGAGACGUCUUGCGUCCUCCCCUUCGCAAUCACCGCACGAGGAUGAGCAGGAAGACGAAGACGAAGUUGACAAGAAAGACAUGAAUGUGGACGAGCUGGACGAGUCCUGCGACUAG